AUGCGCGUGAACGCAUCUAAAACGAAAUGCCUAGCGCUUUCUCGUUUUCGUGCCCGUUGCUCAAUUCUAAUUAACGGGGAGGCAGUGGAGCAGGUGGAGAAAUUCAAGUACCUAACAGUCGUAUUUACUAGUGAUGGAAAAUUAGAGAAGAGAUAUACCGGCGUAUUGAAGAAGUCAGUGGCGUUCUGUGUAUUUGCCCGAAACACUGUAACUGAAUCAGAGUUGAGUCUGAAAACUAAGCUCUUGGUGUUCAAGUCGAUCUUCAUCCGCAUGCUUACCUACGGUGAUGAGCCGUGGACAAUGUCAGAAAAGUCUCGAAACCGGGUACACGCAGCUGAAAUGGGCUUUCUAAGAGUCGCUGGCCUUAACGCCUCUCGACGUGGUCCGGAAUACUGA